CACUUUCUCAGCAAAUGAGAACAAGAACGAAAGAAAUGGAGAAUGAGAUUGGAGACACUUGGCGAGGUGAUAAAGGAGCUCAUUUCUUCUCCCAUACCUUCCUCUUGGCUCUGUUGCUCACUCGCUUGCUCGCUCACUCCCUGAGCUGCUACACAGACUCCGUCAUCAAAACACACAGUGAGGCGUGCUGGCUUGCUCACUCUCUAUAGCUUGUGGACACACAUACACAAGCUCACACUGGAGCAAGCAUUCAAGAUGCAGCAGCAGGAGAGCAUGUCUUCUGAUUCCCUGUCAGAUAUGCAGUACCCACUGAGGCACCGGAUGUCACGUGGUCAUUCCUAUGAAGAGCGAACUGUGUGGAACCCAAAGUACUGUGUGGUUGCCGACAGUCAGAUGCUGCUUCUGAAUGAGGAGGAGGUGGAGAGGCGCGCUGCAUCAUGCAAGGUCCAUCUUCUGCGUCGCACCAUCAGUGUUCCAGUGGAAACACAGUUUCCAGAAUUCCACAGCCAGCUGUCCACCGAGAGCGAGUCUCCUCCAGAGAGGACAGGACGCCGACGCAGUAUGCCAGGGUCCUCAGACAAGAGCACACCCACCAUGGAGCCCACGUCCACCGCCGCCACACCUUUCAGAGUCACCGUGAGUACUGGCUUCCUCAGUCGACGGUUGAAGGGCUCCAUAAAACGCACCAAGAGUCAACCCAAACUUGACCGCAACUCCAGCUUCAGACACAUCCUCCCUGGCUUCAGGAGCGUUGACAAUGACAGAUCUCAUCUGAUGCCAAGGCUGAAGGAGUCUCGCUCCCAUGAGUCACUGCUCAGCCCCAGUAGCGCUGUGGAAGCCCUGGACCUAAGUAUGGAGGACGAGGUUAUAAUCAAGCCUGUUCACAGCAGCAUCCUCGGGCAGGACUACUGCUUUGAGGUCACUACCUCCACGGGAAGCAAAUGCUUUUCCUGCCGUUCAUCAGCCGAGAGAGACAAAUGGAUGGAGAAUCUGAGGAGAGCGGUGCAACCAAACAAGGACAACAGUCGUCGGGUGGAGAACAUGCUGCGGCUGUGGAUCAUCGAAGCCAAGGACCUGCCGGCCAAAAAGAAAUACUACUGUGAGCUUUGUCUUGAUGACUCACUGUAUGCCCGCACCACCUGUAAGCUCAAGACUGAUAAUGUGUUUUGGGGAGAGCAUUUUGAGUUCAGUAACCUGCCUGCUGUCAAGAGCAUCACAGCCCACCUCUACAAAGACACAGACAAGAAGAAGAAGAAAGAUAAAAACAAUUACAUUGGACUUGUCAAUAUCCCCGUCUCAGCCGUCACCGGACGACAGUUUGUGGAGAAGUGGUAUCCGGUGAGCACUCCCAAUCCCCCUAAGGGCAAGACAUCAGGGCCCAUGAUUAGGAUCAAGGCACGCUAUCAGAGUAUGAACAUUCUUCCCAUGGAGAUGUACAAGGAGUUUGCAGAGUACACCACCAAUAACUACAUGCUGCUGUGCUCGGUGCUGGAGCCCGGGAUUAGCGUCAAGAACAAGGAGGAGAUGGCAUGUGCUCUGGUCCACAUUCUACAGAGCACUGGCAAGGCCAAGGAUUUCCUCACAGAUUUGAUGAUGUCAGAGGUGGACCGGUGUGGGGAGAACGAGCACCUCAUCUUUAGAGAAAACACGUUAGCCACAAAGGCCAUAGAGGAAUACCUCAAACUGGUGGGGCAGAAGUACCUGCAGGACGCCCUUGGCGAGUUCAUCAAGGCUCUGUAUGAGUCAGAUGAGAACUGUGAGGUCGAUCCGUCCAAGUGUUCAUCAGGUGACCUGCCAGAACACCAGAGUAACCUGAAAAUGUGCUGUGAGCUGGCCUUCUGCAAAAUCAUCAACUCAUACUGCGUGUUUCCACGAGAACUGAAAGAGGUCUUUGCAUCAUGGCGGCAGGAAUGCAGCAACCGAGGUCGACCAGACAUCAGCGAGCGUUUGAUCAGCGCUUCUUUGUUCCUCCGAUUUCUCUGUCCAGCCAUCAUGUCGCCUUCGCUGUUCAAUCUGAUGCAGGAGUAUCCAGAUGACCGCACGGCACGAACGCUCACUCUCAUUGCUAAAGUCACGCAAAACCUGGCCAACUUCACCAAAUUUGGGAACAAGGAAGAGUACAUGUCCUUCAUGAACCAGUUCCUGGAACACGAGUGGGCAAAUAUGCAGCGCUUCCUGCUUGAAAUCUCAAACCCAGAGACAAUCUCCAACACAGCAGGCUUUGAGGGGUAUAUCGACCUCGGCAGGGAGCUCUCUACGCUGCACUCCCUUCUUUCUGAGGUGGUCUCCCAGAUGGACCAGAGUGCAGCCUCUAAGCUCGGGCCUCUGCCCAGGAUCCUGCGGGAGGUGAACACUGCCCUGUCUAACCCGUCCUGUGUCCAGAUGACACCCGGACAGUCCUCGGAGCAUAUGGGCUCGCCUCCUGCUGAGGCCGGCUGCAGCAUUUCCUCUGGCCUGCAGAAGAUGGUCAUAGACAAUGACAUUUCAGGAUUGGUUGACUUCACCAGGUUACCUUCACCCACCCCAGAAAAUAAGGACCUAUUCUUCGUGACAAGGACCUCAGGGAUCCAACCCUCACCUGCACGCAGUUCUAGCUACUCUGAGACUAAUGAGCCUGACCUGGGCAUGGCCAAUGGCAGCAAGAGUCUGUCCAUGGUGGACCUCCAGGACCCCCGCAGUCUGGAGGGUGGCUCAGGCCCCAGCUCUUCAGACGUCCUGGGUGAGGGCCCAGGUUCGGGAGGAGGUUGGUCAGCGAGAGUCCCACAAGGUAACAUCCCUGGUGGUCCCACCUUGAGGAGGCCAGGCCAGACCCCCACCACACCAGGCACAGAAAGCACUCCGGGCCGACCCGCCCAGCUGCUCGCCCCGCUGUCCUUCCAGAACCCGGUCUACCAGAUGGCGGCCUGCUUGCCCGUGUCCCCUCGCGGAAUGACCGACUCAGGCUCCGAGUGCCACAGCUCUGUUAGUUCCCAUAGCAACAACGAGGACGGGCCGCCGGGAGGGAAGCACGCCUUCUUGAACCACGGCGGAGGUGGGGGGAGCAGCGGGGACGAGUACACCAGGCGUUCGGGGGAGUUCAACCGCCGACAGCUGUCCCUCACCGAAACGCAGCACCAGCCCACCGUCCCCAGACAGAACAGCGCCGGCCCACAGCGGAGGAUAGACCAGCCUCCACCACCGAGCGGUAAUCGCCGCACACCCCCGAAUCUGCUCAGCAGUGGACCCUACCCCCGGCCCUCCUCUGGCAGCAUGAUGACAUCCUCGCCCGACUGGCCUGGCAGCGGGGCUCGGUUACGGCAGCAGUCCUCGUCUUCUAAAGGCGACAGUCCCGAGACCAAGCAGAGAGCUCAGCACAAACAGGCCCCUUCCCCAGUGAACCCAAGUGCGCUGGACCGCACAGCAGCCUGGCUAUUGAAUAUGAAUGUGCAGUAUUUAGACCAUGAGGGGAUGGAGCCCGAGUCACUGAGAAACAGAGAGGAUCUAACUCAGGUGGAGAAGUACCAGCAGGAGAUUGCAGUGCUGCAGGAGAAGCUGCGGGCGUCGGUGCAGAAGCUGGAGGAGUACGAGGCCCGUCUGAAGGGUCAGGACGAACAGGCCCAGAAGGUGCUGAUGGAGUACCAGGCCCGGCUGGAGGAGUCGGAGGAACGUCUGCGCAGACAGCAGGACGACAAAGAUCUCCAGAUGAAGGGCAUCAUCAGCAGGUUAAUGUCGGUGGAAGAGGAGCUCAAAAAGGAUCAUUCUGACAUGCAGGCAGUGGUGGACUCCAAACAGAAGAUCAUCGACGCACAGGAGAAGCGCAUAGCAUCGCUGGACGCCGCCAACGCCCGUCUGAUGAGCGCUCUGACCCAGCUGAAGGAGCGCUACAGCAUGCAGACCCGCAACGGCAUCUCCCCCACCAAUCCCACCAAACUGCAGAUCACUGAGAACGGAGAAUUUAGGAACAGCAGCAACUGCUAGACAGACUGGCAUCUGCCCCGAGUGAGUGUCGAGUGCCUGAGUGUGUACAGUUAUUCAGUGAGAGGAUGUCUACGUGCAUGCACGGAUGCAUGCCUGUUUGAAAGACUGAAAGACUGCGACUGUGUGUGCGUGUGUGUGUGUGUGAGAGGGAUUUCAAAGCAGACAGUACUUUUGGAAGUCAUUUCCACUUUUCUGGAGACUGUGUAGGAGUCGAGGGCAUCGCUCUGAAAGGGCCGGCCAGAAGAGGUGGAACUUUAAAUGUGACGGACAGAUCACCAAGACAACAAGAUCACCAGACGGCCUUCGUUACCAGGGUGACGGCCAGAGGAGGCGGGGCAGAGCUUGUACAUAGAAAACUCGAAGCUGUCCGUCAGUCAGACCCUUUUCCGGUGGAUGUACGCAGUCACUGGGAUGAUUCAAGCCCCCCCGCCUGUGCUUGGGAUGAACCACUAUAUAACCACACGCAGUGACGACCGCCACACCUGGUCGCCCCUAGCAACCCUCCUCUCUUCUCUUUAUCCUGCUCCCUCUCGACGACCAAGUGGACCCACUUCAACCCAACAACACGCAUUGAGGAUUAUCGCUUUAGUUGUCUUGAGAGGAUUACUUUCCAGUGCUUUAUUCUGAAGUCAUUGUUUUUAAAGAACCAAAUAGGAGCUAAAAAAAGUGAUAUUUUUAGUCCAAAACAAUCUUCUUUGUCUCCCGUUCUAAUCCUGGGUGUGUUCCUAAGCGUCCCGCUGACCCCACUACCCCCCACCCCACCCC